GAAACGGGCUCAGGGAAGACCACUCAGAUCCCUCAAUACCUCUACGAAGCACGAAUUGGCCACCAAGGCAUCAUUGCGGUGACCCAGCCUCGCAGAGUAGCAGCUAUAGCCUUAGCUACCAGGGUCUCGGAUGAGAAGAAGACACAGCUGGGGAGACUGGUUGGCUAUACCGUACGCUUUGACGAUCUCACGUCUGAUGAAACUAGAAUCAAGUUUUUAACAGAUGGAAUGCUGCUUCGCGAAGCUAUCGGAGACCCUAUGCUGCGGAAGUACAGCGUCGUCAUCCUGGAUGAAGCCCACGAGAGGACGAUCCAUACUGAUGUACUCUUUGGAGUGGUGAAAGGUGCACAAAAGAAACGAAGAGAACUGGGCAAACUGCCACUAAAAGUGAUCAUCAUGUCAGCUACAAUGGAUGUUGACCAGUUCUCCCAGUACUUCAAUGGAGCUCCUGUUCUCUAUUUAGAAGGCAGGCAGCAUCCCAUUCAGAUCUUCUACACCAAACAGCCUCAGAGUGAUUACCUCCAAGCAGCACUGGUGUCAGUCUUCCAAAUCCACCAGGAAGCACCCUCUUCUCAGGAUAUCCUGGUGUUUCUGACUGGUCAGGAAGAAAUUGAAGCAAUGGCCAAAACCUGUCGAGACAUUGCCAAGCAUCUCCCUGAUGGCUGUCCAGGCAUGAUAGUGAUAACUCUUUAUGCUUCUCUGCCCUACCCUCAACAACUCCGCGUCUUUCAGGCUGCCCGCAAGGGCUGUCGCAAAGUGAUCCUCUCCACCAACAUCGCAGAAACCUCCAUCACCAUCGCGGGAAUAAAAUUCGUUGUGGACACAGGCAUGGUCAAAGCGAAGAAGUACAGCCCUGAAACCGGUCUGGAAGUGUUGGCGGUCCAGCGGGUGUCGAAGGCCCAGGCUUGGCAACGAACAGGGAGAGCAGGGCGAGAAGACAGUGGGGUCUGUUACCGGCUGUACACAGAGGAUGAGUUUGAGAAGUUUGACAAAAUGACAAUACCCGAGAUACAGAGGUGUAACCUGGCCAGUGUGAUGCUUCAGCUCCUGGCCAUGAGAAUUCCUGAUGUGCUCACCUUUGACUUCAUGUCCAAACCAUCUCCUGACGCUAUUCAAGCGGCGAUUGAGCAGCUGGAGCUGCUGGGAGCUGUGGAACGAAAGGAAGAUCUGCUUGUCCUGACGCCCCUGGGAAGGAAGAUGGCAGCUUUUCCACUGGAACCAAAGUUCUCCAAAACCAUCCUCCUGUCCCCCAAGUUCCACUGCACAGAAGAGAUCCUGACCAUUGUGUCGCUGCUGUCAGUGGACAGUGUCCUCUACAAUCCCCCCGCCCAGCGGGAUGAAGUGCAAUCCGUCAGGAAGAAAUUCAUCUCCAGUGAGGGGGAUCAUCUUACCCUGCUCAACAUACACAGGGCCUUCAAAAAUGUCAGCGGCAACAAGGAAUGGUGCAAAGAGAACUUUGUCAACAACAGGAAUAUGCUGCUUGUGUCAGACGUCAGAGCUCAGCUCAGGGACAUUUGUGUAAAGCUAUCGAUGCCUAUCGAGUCCUCCCGCUCAGACACUGGAAACAUCCGCCGCUGCCUGGCUCACAGCCUCUUCAUGAACGCCGCGGAGCUGCAGCCAGACGGCACCUACAGCACCGUGGACUCUCACCAGUUGGUGGCCAUCCACCCCUCCUCCGUGCUCUUCCACUGCAAGCCAGCCUGCGUGGUUUACAACGGGCUGCUUCAUACCAACAAGUGCUACAUGCGGGACCUGUGCGUGGUGGACCCAGACUGGCUGUAUGAUGCCGCCCCUGACUAUUUCCGCAGGAAGCUCCGAACAGCCAAGAACUGACCUGUGGGUCUGGGACCAACAGCUGCAGGGUUUUUAAGCUCACCCUAAAAGACUAUUUUGUGUUUUGUAAUGAAUGUACAGGAGCAGUAGAGCUUUGCCUUGCAAAUGGGGCAAGAACCUUAGAGGAAAAUGGCUUUUCUAUGAGAGCUGG